CAGACCUCGGCAGCAGCAAAGCUGCACAGUCGACAUGGCGACCGACAUAAUAACACAUCACUUCCCUAAAGACAUGAAAAUCUUCCAAGUUUUGGAAUGAGAUUUGUCACGUGAUGUGAUGAGCAUCCACGAUGUGUGAGAACAUUUGAGAACGAUUGAGUUCGAAAAAAAAAAAAAUCUUGAUUCCAGUGGAAUCUUCCAUAUAAUAUUAUAUAUUUUUUUUCUUUGUUAAAAAAAAAAAAAAUCCCUCCCCCACACACACACUUAACACACCCAACACACCCUGACCGCCACCAUGCCCGUACAAGCGCCCCAGUGGACAGAGUUCCUGCUGUGCCCCAUCUGCACCCAGACGUUUGAGGAGGCUGUGAGGCGACCGAUCAGCCUGGGCUGUGGGCACACCGUGUGUAAGCUGUGCCUGAACAAGCUGCACCGCAAGGCCUGCCCCUUCGACCAGACCGCCAUCAGCUCCGACAUUGAGCAGUUACCUGCCAACACCGCCCUGCUGCAGCUGGUGGGAGCGCAGGUUCCCAAGGCCCAGCCGGUAGCUCUGAUCUCCAGCUCUGAAGACCUGCAGCACUAUGAGGAAGCCAGGCAGUGUGUGGAGGAACUGGCCCUCUACCUCAAACCACUCAGCAACACCAGAGGCGUGGGGGUGAGCAGUGCUGCCCAGAGCAUGCUGAGCCGGCCCAUGCAGAGGAAGCUGGUGACCCUGGUGCACUGCCAGCUGGUGGAGGAGGAGGGCCGGGUGAGGGCCAUGCGGGCCGCACGCUCCCUGGGGGAGCGCACCGUCACCGAGCUCAUCCUGCAGCACCAGAACCCACAGCAGCUCUCCUCCAACCUCUGGGCCGCCGUCAGGGCCCGCGGCUGCCAGUUCCUGGGGCCAGCCAUGCAGGAGGAGGCUCUGAAGCUGGUGCUGCUGGCUCUGGAGGAUGGCUCUGCUCUGUCCAGGAAGGUUCUGGUUCUGUUUGUGGUCCAGAGGCUGGAGCCACGCUUCCCCCAGGCCUCCAAGACCAGCAUAGGCCACGUGGUGCAGCUCCUCUACAGGGCCUCCUGCUUCAAGGUGACGAAGCGAGACGAGGACUCGUCCCUGAUGCAGCUGAAGGAUGAGUUCCGGACGUACGAGGCGCUGAGGCGGGAGCACGACUCCCAGAUCGUCCAGAUCGCCAUGGAGGGUGGCCUGCGCAUCGCCCCCGACCAGUGGUCCUCCCUACUGUACGGAGACCAGUCCCACAAGUCCCACAUGCAGUCCAUCAUCGACAAGCUGCAGACCCCAGCCUCGUUUGCCCAGAGCGUGCAGGAGCUGACCAUCGCCUUGCAGAGGACAGGAGACCCAGCCAACCUCAACAGACUCAGACCUCACCUGGAGCUGCUGGCCAACAUAGACCCCAGCCCUGACGCUCCCCCCCCCUCUUGGGAACAGCUGGAGAAGGGUCUGGUGGCAGUGAAGACGGUGGUUCAUGGUCUGGUGGACUUCAUCCAGAACCACAGUAAGAAGGGAGCAGACCCACAGCAGCCCCCCCAGCACAGCAAGUAUAAGACGUACAUGUGCAGAGACAUGAAGCAGAAGGGAGGCUGCCCCAGAGGAGCCAGCUGCACCUUCGCACACUCCCAGGAGGAGCUGGAAAAGUACCGGAAGAUGAACAAGCGGCUGGCGGCUCGUCUCCCUGGCUCCUCCCUCCUCCCAGAUGACGGGCUGGGGAUGGAGGUGGGCGUGGCCCGCAAACCCUCACCGCUGGCUAAUGGCUCGGCCCCGCCUCUGCCCCAGCUCAUCGCCCGUGGCGCCGACCCCGCCUCCUAUGACAUCAUGAGGAAACCCCUAAAGCUGGAGGGAGGGGGAGGCUCCGCCCCUGGGUCGCCUCCUGACUCGAUGAACUCGGGCCCCAAGUCCGGUAUGCUGGUGUCUCACCCCCUGCCCCCCCCCAGAAUGCCAGGAGAGCACCUGUCGGGGCCCAAGCAGGGUGGCGGGGCCCCCCGGGGCCCCCAGAUGUACCCUCCGCAACAGCAGCUGGCUGACAUGUACUACUCAGACUCCAGGACUCCACCUUCCUCCACUCAGUACGAGGCCUCACAGUACCCCUCUGGUUACCCCUACCAGCAACCCGCCCCCUACCCUCCCCGGGGCUACAUGCGUAACCCUGCCCCCCCCAGCGACCCCCCCGGCCCCCCCUACCCUGAUCCCUACCCCGGCUACGCCCCUGAGCGCCCCUACCCCGCCCCCCACGCUGCCCCGCCCUUCUCCUACCCCCCCCAUUACGACUCCCGCUCCAGGCACGCCCCGUACCCCCCUCCCCCCCCCGCCCCUCAGCCCUACCCCUCCCCCCGGGACGACAUGGUGAGGAUGAGCCCCGCCCCCCUGGAGGGGCCCCCCUCCUCCGGCCAGGCAGGGGGACUGUACCACCCCGAGGGCGGGGGCCGGGAGAGGUACCCCCCUGAGGGGUACUACCCAGCUGGGGCUCCGCCCACUGCCAUGAGGAGCUACGCCAGGGAGGUGUACGGACGGCCCCAGCCCAGUCUAGACUACCUCCAUCGCCGUCGUAAGGAGCUGAUGGCUCAGCUGGAGGAGAGGAAGGUCGUCUCCCCCCCUCCCUUCCCCGUCCCCUCCUCCCUCCCCCACGCCUUCCCCUCCGACUACCCCCCAGAGUAUGGGGAGGAGAGCUCCAAGACGGUGGGCCGGUCCAGGGAGCAGGACUAUGCUGGGCAGUACUCUCCCUGGUCAUGUGACACCAUCGGCUCUUACAUUGGCUCCAAGGACGCCAAGCCCAAAGAUCACAUGACCCCUGUUGCCAUGGAGAUGAUGAGUGUGGAGGGUAAGGGUCUGGAGGCCCCUAGGAGGGGGGCAGAGGGGAAGGAUGAUGACCCCAUCAUCCCGUUUGGCCCCCAGCCCACUGUGUCUCGCUUCGGAGCCAUCUCACGUACCUCCAAGACAGGCUACCAGGGGCCCCCGCAUGCCCUGGGGCCCAGCGGGGCCAAGCACAUGGCUGCGGAGUACGCCUAUGGGAACCAUGGAGGAUGGGGCGGAGCCUCUUACCCCGCCCACCAGCAGGUCUCCUCCUCUCAGACUCACUUCGCUGAACGAAUGUCUCUGGGGCCUUCAGACAGGGAGCAGCUGAAGAUGGAACUCCAGCAGGUCAACCAGCAGAUCACACAGCAGUCCCAGAUACACGGCCUGGAGACUGCCGGCUCCUCCCUGCUCCUCCAGAGGGAGUCUGGGCAGGGCCCCCAGCAGCAGUGGGCUGGGGGGGCUGGGGGGGCUGGGACCUCCUCAGUGUCCAGCCAGCAGCUCAGCCUGGAGUUGCAUGAGGUGGAGAGAGAGAUAGGAAAGAGGACCCGGGAGAUCGCCAUGGAGGGCCAGGUGGAGGUGCAGUACAAGCUGAAGACAGCAGAAAACGGAGGACAGCCUGACCACAAGACUCAGCUGGAGGAGAUCUCCUUGGCCCUGGGGGAGGUGUCUAACGGCUCUGGGGGUCUGGGCCAGGGGGCCCUGCUGGCUCUGAGCAGCAAGGUGUCCUCCCUCAGCCUCUGCUGUGAGCAGGGCCCCCCUGGAGCACAGGGCCCCCCUGGAGCACAGGGCCCCCCUGGAGCACAGGGCCCCCCUGGAGCACAGGGCCCCCCUGGAGCACAGGGCCCAACUGGAGCAGAGCUGCACAAGAACGGCCUGGCCCACAUCUGCUCCUAGAACCCUCUCUCUCUGUCUCACACACACUCAUACACACUCAUACACACUCAUACACACACACACACUCAUACACAC